AUGCACCACAAGAAGAAUGAAACACGUCUCCAGCCCGCCUUUUUCUUAACUAAUUCCACUUCCAUGGCUACUUUUCAUCACUCCAUUCUCACUCUUAUCUCCAUCCUCUGUCUCUGUUUUUCACCUUCAUCAUCAUCUUCUUCUUCACAGACCACCUUCAAACUUUCCCUCACACAACACAUUGCAGUACCUUCUGGAGAAUUCGAAACCAUCCAACAUCCAUUGUUUCGGACCUUAAACUACCUCGUAUCUUCUUCUCUAGCCAGAGCCCACCUCCUGAAAAACCCCAACAACUCCACCUCCGAAGUCCCUCUCUUUCCUCGGGGAAAUGGCGGAUACUACUCGGUUCCUCUGAGUUUCGGAUCACCCUCUCAAAAACUAUCCUUUCUCAUGGAUACUGGAAGCAGCCUUGUCUGGUUCCCAUGUACUGAUCGUUACACAUGUUAUGAUUGUCCCUCCUCCUCCUCCUCCUUACUCCCCGUAUUCAUGCCCAAACAUUCAUCCUCUGUUAAAAUUCUCGGUUGUAAUAACACCAAAUGUGGGUGGGUCUCUCGGACACCUGAGACAAUUCAAUGCAACGCCACCAAACAGGUUUGUUCUUACGAGCAAGUGUAUGGGUCUGGGUUAACAGCCGGAGUACUGCUGUCGGAGACGUUGCAUCUCCUUGAGGGGGAUGUCACUGAUUUCGCUGUCGGAUGCUCAGUUUUAUCCGCAGGACUACCAGAGGGAAUUCUCGGGUUUGGACGUCGACCCGACUCUUUACCCGCUCAGAUGGGUCUUAAAAAGUUCUCAUAUUGUUUAGUCUCUCAUCAGUUCGAUGACAAUCAGACUGUCAGCAGUGAGCUUGUUCUCUAUCGGGAUUCUUCAAGUUCCGGCGCCGGAGAUGGAGGUAUGAUGAUCAGCUACACUAAGUUCCUUAAGAAUCCUUCAAGAUUUGAAGGAUUCUACUACUUAAGCCUCCAGAAAAUCACCAUCGGUGGCAAAGAUGUAAAUAUCCCAGAUCGUUUAUUGGUGCCCGGAUCUGAUGGCAACGGGGGAACCAUCAUCGAUUCCGGCACAACAUUCACGAUCAUGGAUUAUCCUAUCUACGAUCUUGUAGCAAAAGAGUUUGAAGUUCAAAUGUACAAGUAUAAAAGAAUUAACACUACUGAUAAGGAGUCGCCGUUGUGUUACACCAUUGGAGACAAGCCGCCGGUGUUUCCCGAGCUAAUGUUUGAUUUUGAAGGCGGAGCGAAAUUAUCACUGCCGAUGGCCGAUUACUUCUCUCAGGUGGAGCCCGGCGUGGCGUGUAUGACGAUCCUUCCAAUAAAGGUGAAUGGUGGGCCGUCGAUAAUCAUAGGAAAUUACCAACAGCAGGAUAUAUACGUGGAGUAUGAUUUGGAAAAUGGAAGAUUUGGUUUCGUGAAGAAGAAAUGCAACUAA